GCAAUACACACAAAUCCAAAAUAUCGAAUCUGACCCCCGCCUCUCUCUCUACUCUAUUCUCCGUCAUUUACUCCUUCACAUCUCUCUCUCUCUCUCGCGUAACCGUAUACAUAAAUACGUAAAUCAGUCUCUCUCGCUUUCAAAAAUCUCUCUCUGCGUCUCUCACUGGUCUCCUAGCUUGAUUUGGACAUGAAGAGUAGUUUUCGGCCACGUUUGGAUUCAAAUGCAAUUGUUCCGCCAACCGCCGAUUCUUGAUUCACUUCCUCGGAUCUACUGCUGAUAUGCUCAUCCGUUUCCCUUUUUUUUUUCACUGCCUGCUGUGUGUAUGGUUGAGACAUUGCUCGAGAUUCUAUUGGAUGCUUGAAAGCUGAAUGGAGGGUGAUGAAAGAAACCCAUGCUGAAUGUUAGUUUUAACUUGUUUUGUCCUCACAGGGUGCAUGGCCUCCAGUUUAAUAAAAUCAGAACAAAAGAAAUCUGUAGACAAAUGAUUUGUCGUCUUCAAACUACAUUUAUAUUGGAAAGGUCAUUAAUGGGUUAGCAUCGGGUGAAAUGGUUAUUCAGUUCAAAUAUUUAUGGACAUGGAGGAGACGCGAGACAUUCCAGGGCCAGCAGAGCAAAUGCCUCCAAGUUCUACAUGGUGGUCUUCAGAUUUCAUUGAGAAGUUCGGAUCUGUUUCUUUGGUUUCUAAAAGAGAAACUUUGAUUACUAGAGAACCAGAUAGCUACACUGAGCAUGAUAGCUUGUCAUCACAGACAGCUUCACAGAUUCUCUGGAGCACUGGGAUGCUUUCUGAACAGAUUCCAAAUGGUUUCUACUCUGUCAUCCCUGAGAAAAGGCUCAAGGAGAAUUUUGAGGAUAUUCCAACUCUGGACGAGCUUUAUGCACUGGGGGUUGAGGGUGUCAGAGCUGAUAUCAUUCUUGUGGACACAGAGAAAGAUAAGAAGCUUUCUAUGCUGAAACAACUCAUUGUUGCUCUGGUUAAAGGUUUGAGCUCGAAUCCUGCGGCGAUGAUUAAAAAGAUUGCUGGACUGGUAUCAGAUUUUUAUAAACGGCCAAAUUUGGAACUAAGUCCUGUAAAAGCUGCGCUUGAGGAAACCUCUCAUGCAUUUGAUAAUCGAGGUGUCCAGAUGUUGGGGCAAAUAAAGCAUGGAUCUUGCCGUCCUCGAGCGAUAUUAUUCAAAGUGCUUGCUGACGCUGUAGGUCUCGAAAGUACACUCAUGGUGGGUUUACCUAAUGAAGAAGCUGUAGAGUCUGUUGACUCAUAUCACCAUAUGUCUGUAAUAGUUGUGUUGAAUUCUAUGGAACUUUUGGUCGAUCUUAUGCGUUUUCCUGGCAUGCUGAUACCCCGAUCAACAAAGGCAAUUUAUAUGACCCAUAUCUCUGCAGCAGGGGAGAGUGAUUCUGCAGAAAAUGAUUCGUGUGAUUCACCUCUAGAGCCAAAUAGUCCUCUGUAUGGGGUGUCGGAAAGAAUUGAUUCUGACAGUACUGAGAAAGAUGAGGGACUCCAAUACCAGCGGAGAUUGGAAGCAUCCUCAAAUGCAGCAGGACCGUCAAUGAGGAAUAGGAUGUUGCGUUCUUCCACCUCAUUGGACAGAAAAUUGAGCUUAUCACAUAGUGAACCCAAUAUUGCGACUACAUUUUGGCGCCGGAGCCGGAGAAAGGUCAUUGCUGAGCAACGUACUGCAAGUUCAAGUCCAGAGCAUCCUUCAUGUCGAUCACGUGCGCGAUCCAUGCUUGGUGGUGAUAGGAAAUUAUAUGGAGAUUUUGUUGAUGACAUUGCUACAUCAAGCUACAGGUCGGAAGGUGCCUCAACGUCAGAAACUCGUAGACUACGAAGAAGAAGCAUUAGCAUUACCCCCGAGAUUAGUGAUGACAUCGUAAGGGCUGUGCGGGCUAUGAAUGAAGCAAUGAAGCAGAAUCGUCUUUUGAAAGAACAGGGAGAUGAUAGAUCAUUUUCCUAUUCUUCCAAUGACAGAAAUAUCAGUUCAGAUCAUCAAGAAAAUGUAUCUGAUUUUGACCAUAAUGGUCGUGAAGAAAUAUCGGGUGGAAUGUCUCCUUUAUACGCUCAUCCGAGGGAGCAAAUGAGUCAAAAGGCAAUAUCAUUACCUUCAUCUCCACAUGAAUUUAGGAGUCAGACUACUGAUAGAGGUGGGACUUCAGACUCCAAAGUGAGUGCUGAAACGGUCUCAACUUGGAUCAAAGUACUUGAGUCGCCCAUGUUCCAAAAUAAGCCACUAUUACCGUAUCAAGAAUGGAAUAUUGAUUACAGAGAACUGACUGUUGGAACUCGUGUUGGGAUAGGGUUCUUUGGAGAAGUUUUUCGCGGCAUUUGGAAUGGAACAGAUGUUGCCAUCAAGGUUUUCUUGGAGCAAGAUCUGACUGCUGAAAAUAUGGAGGAUUUCUGCAAUGAGAUAUCCAUCCUCAGCCGCCUUCGACAUCCAAAUGUAAUCUUAUUUCUUGGUGCAUGUACAAAGCCCCCACACUUGUCAAUGGUCACUGAAUACAUGGAGAUGGGAUCCUUGUAUUAUUUGAUCCAUUUAAGCGGGCAGAAAAAGAAACUCAGCUGGCGGAGGAGACUAAAAAUGCUGCGUGAUAUAAGCAGGGGGCUGAUGUGCAUACACCGGAUGAAGAUAGUGCAUCGCGACAUAAAAAGUGCAAAUUGUCUUGUAAAUAAGCAUUGGACAGUAAAGAUCUGCGAUUUUGGGCUGUCAAGAAUAAUGAGCGACUCCACUAUGAGCGACUCCUCAUCUGCUGGUACUCCGGAAUGGAUGGCUCCUGAACUUAUUCGCAAUGAACCCUUCUCGGAAAAAUGUGACAUUUUCAGCCUUGGUGUAAUAAUGUGGGAACUCUGCACUCUCAAUAGACCAUGGCAGGGUACCCCACCAGAAAGGGUUGUUUAUGCUGUUGCCAACGAGGGGUCACGGUUAGAGAUUCCUGAAGGUCCUCUAGGCAGGCUAAUUGCAGAUUGCUGGGCAGAACCACAAGAUCGACCAAGCUGCGAGGAAAUACUUACCCGGUUGCUAGAUUGCGAGUACGCACUCAGCUAGUGUACUACAUUAUGUUGUACAAAAAUAUCAUGGUAGAGGUGUUACAUUUGUUUUCUCGGCUCAAGUUGUAAAACUUUUGAUCAAUCUUCGGUUCUGGAAAAUACACAUUUGUUGAGUUUAAGUUGGAAAUGAAAAAAAAAAAAAAAAAACACCCUUGGAACUAUCUUUUCUCUGCAAUCAAAAGCACAUUUGCAA